AUGCAGGCUGCCAAGCAGCUCAUCGUUGACCUGCAGGCGCAGCUAGACAUGUCGCGCGUUGAGGCGGACCAGCUGCGCAAACAGCAACAGCGACAGCAGCAGGAGCGACAGCAGCAGGAACAGCAUCAGCAGCACGGGCAACAGCCCGCGUGUGACAUCGCCGCCUCUGCCGAUGACCACCAGCGGCAAGACGGGCGCGGUGCCCGUGCGUUGACUCCAGCCGCAGGGGCCGGCUCCGUGCCCAAGAUGCAGGAGCGGCUGACGAGGCUGCGCAAGGAGCAGGCAGACGCUGAGGCUGCGCGUGAGGCCGCGUGGGCGGAGCUCAAGGCGGUUGUAUGUGACAUCUCCAGCCUGGCGAGCGUCGACAACCUGCAGUCGGUGGGCGGUCUUGUUGUGGGAUUUUGUGCAGAGUGGUAA